GAGAUAGAUGUUGGUGUUGGAGGCAAAGAGUGGAAAGGUGUGUGAAUGGGAAAUGGCGAGCCUAAGCCUAUGCCAUUCUCCGAUUCUGAGUGUCGCAGAGCUCCGCAAAGGCAUCUCAUCACUGAACAUGGCGGAAGAGAGAAGCCUCAUAAACGCAUCGCUUCUUCUGAAAGGGUGCAUAAGGUCUGGUAACUUAGAGCUUGGUAAACUCCUUCACCACAGGUUGCUACACUCUCCACUCGUCCUCGACUCGGUUCUUCUCAACUCCCUCAUUACCCUCUACUCUAAAUGUGGGGAGUGGGAGAACGCACUUCAAAUAUUUCACAGCAUGGACAAUCGUAUCAGAGACUUGGUUUCUUGGAGCGCUAUCAUCUCCUGUUUUGCCAACAAUAACAUGCAAUCCCAAGCCCUCGUUAUGUUUCUUAGUAUGCUUCAAUCUGGCCUUUAUCCCAAUGAAUAUUGCUUCACCGCGUCCAUUCGAUCUUGUUGUAAUGCUCAACAUUUCUCCGUCGGCCGUGUCAUCUUCGGAUUUAUACUGAAGACUGGAUAUUUUGAUUCUCAUGUUUGUGUUGGUUGUGAGCUAAUCGAUAUGUUUGUGAAGGGUGGCAGUGAUAUUGAAUCCGCACGCACGGUGUUUGAGAAAAUGCAGGAGAAAAAUGUAGUUACUUGGACCUUGAUGAUCACUAGAUUUGCACAACUAGGUUUCCUGGGUGAUGCCAUUGAUUUGUUUCAUACUAUGUUGCUAAGUAGGUAUACGCCUGAUAGGUUUACUCUGACUAGUCUCGUGUCAGCCUGCGCCGAGUUCGAUUUCUUAUCGCUUGGGAAGCAAUUGCAUUCUUGGGUUAUCAGGUCUGGAUUGGUUUCAGAUGUGUGUGUUGGUUGUAGUUUGGUGGACUUGUAUGCAAAAUGUGAAGCUGUUGAAAACUCUAGGAAAGUGUUUCAUAGGAUGCCGCAUCAUAAUGUUAUGUCUUGGACUGCACUCAUCUCAGGAUAUGCGCAAGGUAGUGGAAGAGAACAGGAAGCCAUCAAAUUGUUUUGUAGAAUGCUUGAGGGUGGUCAUGUUGCACCAAAUCGCUUCACAUUCUCCGGCGUCCUCAAGGCUUGUGCAAAUCUCCCUGAUUUUGGCUUUGGCAAACAACUUCACGGCCAAACAAUUAAACUAGGCCUUUCUGCAAUUGAUUGUGUGGGGAAUUCUCUUAUUAACAUGUAUGCUAGGUCUGGAAGAAUGGAAUGUGCUCGAAAAGCCUUUCGUAUCUUAUUUGAGAUGAACUUGAUUUCUUACAAUGCAGUUGUAGAUACUAAUGCAAAAAAAUUGAGCUCUGAAGAAUCCUUUAACCAUGAAAUUGAGCACACUGGCAUUGGACCUAACUCUUUUACAUAUGCAUGCCUCUUAAGCGGUGCUGCAUGUAUUGGUACAAUUGACAAGGGUGAACAAACUCAUGCCCUUGUAGUGAAGUCGGGGUUUGGAAGCGACCUAUGCACUAAUAAUGCUUUAAUCUCUAUGUACUCCAAGUGUGGAAACAAAGAAGCUGCAUUACAGGUCUUUAAUGACAUGGGGGAUCGUAACGUCAUAACUUGGACCUCUAUCAUAAAUGGUUUUGCAAAACAUGGAUUUGCUACAAAAGCAUUAGAAUUGUUCUAUGAAAUGCUUGAAAUAGGUGUAAAGCCUAAUGAGGUCACUUACAUUGCGGUUUUAUCAGCCUGUAGUCAUGUUGGUUUGAUUGACGAGGCAUGGAAACACUUCAAUUCCAUGCGUUAUGAUCAUGGUAUUGUUCCACGGAUGGAACAUUAUGCAUGUAUGGUUGAUUUGCUUGGUCGAUCUGGAUUGCUUUUAGAAGCCGUUGAGUUUAUUAACUCAAUGCCUUUUGAUGCUGAUGCAUUGGUCUGGCGCACAUUUCUUGGUUCUUGUCGGGUUCAUCGUCACACAGAACUUGGGGAGCAUGCUGCAAAAAUGAUUCUCAAGCGAGAACCACAUGAUCCAGCUGCCUAUAUAUUAUUGUCAAACUUGUAUGCAUCAGAAGAGAGGUGGGAUGAUGUGGCAGCCAUUCGAAAAAGCAUGAAACAGAAAAAAUUAACAAAAGAAACAGGCUACAGCUGGAUUGAAGUUGAAAAUCAGGUGCACAAAUUCCAUGUAGGGGAUACUUCACACCCCCAAGCUCAAAAGAUAUAUGAUGAACUUGAUAGAUUGGCUUUAAAAAUAAAAAAUUUGGGUUAUGUACCAAAUACAGAUUUUGUUCUUCAUGAUGUGGAGGAUGAACAGAAGGAGCAGUAUCUGUUUCAACACAGUGAAAAAAUUGCGGUGGCAUUUGCUCUUAUUAGUACCCCCAAAGCAAAACCAAUUAGAGUAUUUAAGAAUCUGCGGGUUUGUGGAGACUGCCAUACGGCAAUAAAGUAUAUAUCAAUUGUGACUGGAAGAGAGAUUGUGGUGAGAGAUGCAAAUCGGUUUCAUCAUAUCCAGUGUGGGAAAUGCUCUUGCAAUGAUUAUUGGUAAAUGGUAAUCAUAUACAUCAAAUUGAGUAUAGACUUCUUGGCCUCAGGACUGUAAAUUUUGAAUGGUUAUUUUUCCUUAUGCUUUAGUCAUUCACUGUUUUGCUGCAAACACCAAGGAAAUUGUGAAUAUGGAAACUCUAUACUCUUCGAACCUAGUAGCCGUUGACAUGACAAAAUGAGUUAAACAGCCACCAAGCCAACCUACCUAACCCACCCUCCAUAACUUGGAGUUGUUGCAGUCAGGUUGACCCACUUGGUCCAUUUUCUUCAUAUAGUUAUUUUUUUCUUAGCUGUGAAGUCCUCCAAAAUUCUUAAUGCAAACAUAAUUGUUAUUAUUUUUCAUAGCUUUUUUAUACUAUUUUUAUUAUUUAAUUGGAUUGACAAGUUAACCCACGAUAAAAUGAGAGUUUGUUAGGACCUAUUUUGUUUUUAAAAUAUUUUUUGUUUUUACUUUUAAUUAUAAAAUUGAUAUAUUAUUUUUCAUUUUAUUACCUUUUAUAAAAAAAAAAAAC